CUGCCCGGGCCUCAGACGCCCCUCCGCCCCCGCUGCGGUGGGUGGGUCGGCGCAUUUCCACAGUCUUGUCCCCAGCGCUCGCCUAUGCUCACCUCUGGGCAGUUUUUCAUCUCCCAAGUGAAUCCUCGUUUCUUCAUCCUCUUGUCUCCGUUCCUUCCAGAGAGUAAUUUUUAAACCUUUUCUCCCCCAUCUUUAUUUCUUGUCCCUCUUUCUCUUUUCUCCUAACCAGAAAUCAAUGCCAGGAGAUAUGGCGCCCCUCAAGAAACAUCGGAAUCCCACAAAAUUGCCCCUGGCUUUAAACCCCACGAAGAGCAAGGACGUUUUGGCAGUGCUGGCUGAGAGGAACCAGGCUAUAGUACCAGUUGGGGCUUGGGUGGAACCUGCCUCACCAAAUUGGUCGGGAAUCCCACCACAUACUUCAGCGUGCAUAAUUGAAGAGGAAAUAAAGGAACAGCAACGAAGAAAGCAAGAGUCUCUGAGACAUUUUCAGAGACAAGUCAGACACCGGGUCAGUCAGCACGUUAAGCUGAGGAAAAAGCAGCAACUUCACAAGUCUCACAAAGCAGCAGAAAAGGAAGGCGCUAUAGCCAUGCGGUACUCAGACUCGGCACAUUUAACCUCUAAAAGGACAAGUGUGUUCCCUAGCAGUGUGAAUGCUGCUGUUGGAAGUUUUAGGUUUCCCUCUUCCCAGGUGCUUGGUGAUGCAGCAGAAGAUGGAGAGAAUCAGAAUCAGUUGUUUCAAAAGCAAGCCCAAGCUCUUAGUCAAACCAUGAAACUGGCACGUCACCAGCUGGCAUCCUUUAAAACUGUGAGUGAAAAAAAGACAUCAGUGUUUCCAAAUGGCGGAAGGAAAAGCUCUCCCACCCAAGAGGACCUUGGCUGUGGGAAAAUUUCAUUUGUAAGUGAGGAGAGAGACAAUUUGUUUGUGAGCUGCCAGCAGGAUCUCCUUUCUGAAGGCAAAGAAAAAGUUCUCAGCAAAGUUCAGAAAGUAAAAUUCAAAAAUCCAUUAUCUGUUGUGAUAAAAGAAGAUGAACGGAAGCAAUUGCAUCCUCAUAGCCUUCAGGCCGUCCUUCCAGAAGCCCAGGGUUAUUUUGUAGAAGUUCAAAGCAGCCUUCCAGAAUCUCAGAAUGAGGUGAUAGAUGUCCAGAAUGUUGAGCCUAAAGCUUCAGGAAUUAAACCUAAAGCUCCAGGUGUUGGGCCAGAUGCCCAGGCCACUGGAGUGGAGUUUCAGACCACAGAGCCAGAAGGCCAUGCUGUUAAGACGGAGAUUCAGGAUGUUCUUCAAGUCCAGACUGUUGAGCUGGAUGGGAAUACUGAGUUGGAAGCCCAGGAUUUUCUACCUGCACACCAGGCCUUUCUAUCCAGAGACCGAGAUUUUCUGCCCAAUUGUCAGUACCAGGAGUCUUUAUCCAAAGAUCAUCCUAGUUGCCAGAAUGUUUUACCUAAAUACCAGGACCAGCAUUUUCUACCAGUAGACCAGAAAUUUUUACCUAGAAACCAAUUUGCUUUACCCAAAGAACAGAAUCAUCCACUCAAAUGUCAGAAGCAGGAUCUCCUACCUAAAGAACAGUUUCCCCUGCCCAGACAGCAGUAUGUUUUACCUGUAUAUCAGGACCGAAGAGAUCCUCCUGUUCUUCCUAAAUGUCAGGAUCAUGCAGUUCUUCCCAAAGGCCAGAAUUAUCUACACAGCUAUCAGGAGCAGGAUCUUCCACUCCAAAAUCAGGACAGGUUUCUCAAGCGACCCUCAGCUCUUAUGGGAAGAGAGAGAGGGGAUGCGGAGUUGCCUCUGGAGUCUCCUCAGCAUGCUCCACCUCAGAUCCAGGACCAAGUCUUCCUUAGAGAAGAGAGCCAGCAGCCUUCUGUUAGGACAGCUGAAAAGUGGCAAGAGGAUUUGUAUCUCAGUGGCCGUGAACGUCUUUCACCCAGGCAACGAAGAGACACGUGCAACAGGCGACAGCAGGUCUGUGAGGAGUAUCGGUCGGGACUGAGCAUUGAACAGCAGGCUCUGCUGCCAUUUCAGUCUGGAGUGGAUCAAGAAGAAGACAAAAAAGAGCGUCAAAAGCAGUAUCUGAGACACAGGAGGCUUUUCAUGGAUAUCGAGAGAGAACAAGUGAAGGAACAGAACAGGCAAAGGGAACAAAAGAGGAGGAUUGAAAAAAUUAAGAAAAAGAAAGAACAAGAGCGCUAUGCUGAAGAGCAGAGACUCCUAAGAAUGAACUGUCAUGAAGAGCCGUGUUCAGAAGAGAAGAUCAGUGAUGGUUUAGCCCAGUUACAACUGGAAGAAAUAAAAGGACCCAGAGAAAAACAGCAACAGAGAGAAAAAGAAUAUAUAAGAUACGUAGAAGCUUUACGAGCCCAGGUCCAGGAGAAAAUGAAGCUGUAUAAUAUCACUUUACCUCCGUUAUGCUGCUGUGGGCCUACUUUCUGGGAUGCUCAUCCUGAUACCUGUGCCAACAAUUGCAUUUUCUAUAAAGACUACAGAGCAUAUAAUCGGGCAUUGCAUUCCGUCAUCAAUUCUUCUGAUAUCUCUGAGGGGAACGCAACUCUUCGAAAUGCCAUUCGUAAUUUUGCUUCUGCACAUAGACGAACUUCAAAACAAGCUAGAGUUUCAGCAAAAUGCUACCUCACAUAGGAAACCACAAGACAACCUGAAGCCAUUGGAAGCCACCACAGUGUCAGCAGGUCCAGCCUCACCGUGCACCACUGAGCUAUAGCCCUUCCAGAAGGCAUUUCCCCCAUGCCAAGCAAGGAGCAUCAAGAGUUUGUUUUUGAAAUUUUGUUUACUUUACAAACUAUAGAUAUGUUUUAUGUCCAGUUUUCAAUUUGGGCUUUAGAGCCAAUAACAAUGCUAAUAUCGCUUCACAAGCUGAAAGCAUCAUGCUAGAAACAUCUUCAAAUGCCUUGUCAUACCAAAAUCAAAAUGCAAAGUAAGGAUUACACAAGAGCACCUUGUCAUUUUAAAGUGCUUGGGAACAUGUACACCGUGGAUACAAUUUCAGGGGUUCCAGACACUCGUGUCCACUUCAUGUAAACCCGACGCUUUGAGAAGCCGCAGUGUGACUGUGGUCAGAUCCAAAAUUAAACCCAGUGAGGGCAAUAGACACAGCUCAGAUGAGGUGUGUGGGUCACGGUGCUCCCCCCUUUACGGUAUUUUCAAGGAGACAGAUAAACGUUUUUAGCUGAGCGUGGUGGUACAUGUCUUUAAUCCCACUACUAUGGGGGCUGGUCCAGAAGGGUCAGGAGUUUCGGGCCAGCUGAACUACAUGAAACUGUCUCAAAAAUUUUUAAGCCAAAUAAAAUAGUUGUUUUUCCUUCUGCUUCUGUUGCUCUUCCUCAUCCUCUUCCUCUUUUUGUGAACAAAUCAGUAGGAUCCUUUUCCCGGCAGACUUUCCCUUGACUUGUACUUGGGGCAUCUUCUUCUGUUUCUCCCUCUGCUUCCCCACCUCACUGAUGCUUUUCUCUGCUACCUAAGCUGUUCAGCAUCUCACUCAGCUGUUGUGUGUGCUUGUUUGAUUAACCACAUCUACACAUAGAGAUUCCCAGGAUUUGUGGCUUUGAUCUUGGGCCAGAGUUCUGAGCAAAGCAAGAAGAAUGCAGACAGCGGUCUGUGGGCAGCUCUAGUGCCCGUUUCCUUCACCUCCUGGAAGCUGGUCUACAGUCCUUCAUUUUCCAGUGGAGGGGUUUUUUUUUACCAAUUUCGUCAUUUCAUAGUUUUAAAUUUCCCUUCCCAAACAUUGUUUCCAUUUCUUAGAGCACUUAAGUAAAUCCUGCAAUAUUGGGAAGGACAUUGGCUCUUCUUCUUGUGGUCUUCUCUGUCCGGCUACAUAAGGAAGGCAUAAGCAGUCAUAAGCCUUUAGUUUCUUGGGGUCACUUUUAGUCAUCCUGAUGUAUUGUUCUCUAGGAAAUGCAGAGCUCAGCACAAGGCUCCCUGCCCUCAAACUAGCCCUCUCCAUGACAACCAACUUUUAUAUAAUUGUUACUAAUUAAAAAUGUUAACAAUAAAACAUAAGGAACUAAUAAUGGCAGUCUUCUGGAGUCUCCCCACUCCAAAAAUCCCUUUCUAAUCUUAUGUAACCAUUGAUCUAUUUCUUUUAUGUAUAAAUAAGUCUAUAUGUGACUUCUCUUAUGAAUGGAAUAUACAAUGUGAGCUCUUUUUACUAAACUUUUUCAGUUUGAUGUCAAGACUCAUCUGUGUUGUCAGAUUCAUUAAUGUGUUGAAUAGUAUUGAUAGUAGUCGUAACAAUAAAAGUAUUUAUGCAUUCAUCCAUUAGUAGACAUUUGGGGGGUUUUCUAUGUAGUUAUUAUGAAUUCUGCUAUGAGCAAUUGUUCUCAGGAUUCUCUAGUACAUGUAUUCAUUUCAUGGUGUAUGGGAGUAAAAUUCUGGAAUCACAUAGUAGCUUUGUGUUUAACUUUUGACAAACUACAAACUCUUUUUCAAAGUA